AUGGCGAAGAUAAUAAAAUCACUUUUCACAACAUCGGAGAGACGGAAGUCCCGUUUAGAAGACAAAGAAGAAGAUAAUCCUCCACAGGAUUUAAGAAGAAAGUUGUCUAUAUCCAGAUCUGGUAGAAUGAGGCAGGCGAAUAAGAAGCGGCAAGUGCUAUCUUUGGAUGUUUACGGUCAGGAAAUUCAAAAUUCGGAUAAGCAGAAGCAAGUGGAUCUAAAGGACAAUGCCGAGGUUAAGAGACGUCAAAGCACUGAAUUAUCUCCAGAAGAAGAGAUUGACAGCGCCUUCGAAAUCAUCGAUAAGACGUAA